AUGGUGGUUGGCCUCUGGGACGACGAAGGCGACCGCACAAACUGCUCAGCCCCACCGCCCGCGCCGCCGCGGACGGCGGCAGCCCCUCCGCCCGCGCCGCCGCGGACGGCGGAUGCGGCUGCGUUGAUACGGGCCCACAACAUCUGGAAGAACGAGCUUGUGCUCGGCGCCGUCCUGCCCCCAGCCUGGCGCGAAGCGCUGCCGCACGCCGCCCAGACGUGGCUCCGCAACUGCCUGCUGGCGGCCGCGAUAUGCGUACUGCCCGGUGCCGCCUGGAUCGCCGCCCAAGCGCUCCGCGGCGCGCCCGGCGCCGGGCCCGGCGGGCUCUCGCUGCUGUCGCGGCCGAGCAUCCACGCGCAGCUGCUCGCCAGCUUCCGCGCGAUCCCCGGCGUCACGCUGCUGCCCACCGCCGUCGAGGCAGCGGCGGAGGCGGGGUGGACGCGGGCGUACGCCCGCGUGUCAGACGCGUCGUCACCGGCCGCUUACGUCAUCUCGUUAGUCAUCUACAUGCUCGCCGUCGAGUACGGGGUGUACCUCGUCCACAGGACCAUGCACAGCGUGCCUUGGCUGUACAAAAACGUCCACUGCGUGCACCACGCAUUCAAUAAGGAGCACACCAUGUCGCCGUUUGCGGGCCUGGCGGUCCACUCUGCAGACGGCAUCGCGCAGGCGUUGCCCUACGCGCUCAUGCUGUGUGUCAUCCCGAUGCACUACAUUACGUACGAGGUGCUCCUGGGUUUGUCAUCCCUCUGGGGCAUGAGCAGUGGCCGCAAAGCCUAG